GGUCGUCCGCUGACUCGACGCGGCGCUGACGUGCAUUACGCUAAACCAGUGUUUCUACUGUGAAAUCACCCCUGUUAUUUCGUUAUUUGUUUAUAAAGUCACCUAAGGUUUCGAUCGGACGGCAUCGGCCGCAUGAACUACUACGUGUGUGUGUGUGUGGAAUGAAUCGACUGCUGUUGUGGAACAGGUCGGCCGUGUUCGUUUAUGUGCUGAAAGGUGAUUAAAAGUAAUAUACUUAGCGUUUACGGUGUUGAGGGUGCGUAUUGAUCAGUUAUCGAAGGACAGAAAGGAUUGUUGUGGUGGCAGGGAAGACGGAAAAGGUACUGUGCAGUGCAAGCCGGGAUGUGUACAGUGAUGGUGUAACGUGCCUGGACGCACAGUGUUUGUGUUAACUAUAGUGCUAAAAGUGUUCAUGGAUUGUGUCUAUUUUGGAUUGACAUAGCGAGUCCUCGAGAGAUCAACUUGAGAACGGGCUACAAUGGUGUUGUCGUGUGCGGGGCGCGAGGGGGCGGGCGCGGCGAGUCGGCGCGCAUGGCUGCGUCAAUGAGGGAGGGCGCGCCGGCCGGCGGAGCUCGCCCCGCGCCCCACGCGACCAACUUCGAGUACGAUGACAACGAGUGGGACAUAGGCAUCGGAGAUCUCAUCAUUGACCUCGAUGCCGACAUAGAGAAAACUGACGAGGCGGGCGGCAUGGCGGCCCGCGCCGAGCCGGACGCGCAGCGCACGGCGCUCAAGAUGAAGAUCAAGCGCACCAAGCCGGGAACCAAGAGCUCGGAGGCCAAGCACGAGAUCGUCAAGUCAAACGAGAUGAACGGCGAGCCCAAGACCCAGGGCGCCGCCGCCGCCCCGCCCGCCGCCGCCAAGCGCGGCUCCGGCGGCCACCGUAGAGAUAAGACGCGCGACAAGCACCACCACCCGCACGACGUGAACGGUGUGGCUCGGCCCGUCGCGCCCAACGCGCCAGGACCUCCCGCGCCGCCGCCAGCGCCGCUGGCCCCACCGCUCGCAGCGCCCGAGCCCCGACCCUCACCCGCGCCGCGGCUCGAGCCCAAGCCCGCAGCGGCGCCCGCGCCCGUCCCUGUCCCUCCCGCGCCCACGCCUGCGCAGCCCCCGCCGUCGCCCGCGCCGGCGCCCCACACGCCCCACACACCCCACACACCUCAUGCGCCCCACGGGCCAACGAUACCUAUCAAACCUGAACCAGACGACUCACGGCAAGAAGCCCCGAGUUCACAACCACCGGCCAAGAAAAUUAAAACUGAACCUAAGGACACAGCGGAAGUAUGCGUCGGCACGUCAGUCGGCACGAUCACGGAGCCGGACUGUCUGGGCCCAUGCGAGCCGGGUACCUCGGUCACGCUGGAGGGCAUCGUCUGGCAUGAGACGGAAGGUGGCGUGCUGGUGGUGAACGUGACGUGGCGCGGCAAGACCUACGUCGGGACUCUCCUAGACUGCACACGCCAUGACUGGGCACCACCUCGAUUCUGCGACUCACCAACGGAGGAGCUAGACGCGCGGACGCCGAAGGGGCGCGGCGCCAAGCGCGGGCGCGGCGCGGCGCCCACCGACAUGACCAACUUCACCGAGACGCGCUCCUCCGUGCACAGCAAGCUGCGCAACGGCGGCGCCAAGGGCCGCCGCGCCCUGCCCUCCCCCACGCCCUUCACGCCACCCCGCCCCGACAACAAAAGGAAAAGAACAUCGGAGGCGGAAGAACGCCCGCCGACCCCGAAAGCGAAGCGCCCGCCCCCCACACCAUCCUCUCCGCCCCCCGAUCCCGUCCUUCUAGAAUGCCCCGAGCCCAACUGCUCCAAAAAGUACAAGCACGCGAACGGCUUAAAAUACCACAGAUCGCACGCGCACGGCUCGCCGGAUGAUGACGACAAGGACGGCUCGAGUUCGGAGCAGGAAGAAACCCCUCCAGAACCGGCAUCGCCGGCGCGGCCGCCCUCCGAACCCGCGACCCCAGCUACCCCUGUGAAAUCACCAACUCCUGCCAAAUCCCCCGACGCAAAGAGCGAGAAGUCUCCGGAGAAGUCCCCCGAGAAGCCGGAGGUGGAGUCGCCGGCGCCGCGGUUCGCGGAGGAGUUCGCGCCGAGCCCGCCGGCCGCGCCGCCCGCCGAGCGCGUGCCGACGCCGCCGCCGCCCGCUACGCCGCCGCCGGAGGCUCUGCCUGCGCUACAACCUACUCAAUUUAAGGUCAAACCUCGCUCAGCGCUAAUGCCAACAGAGGAAAGCCAACGCAAGUCAGCCGAAUCCCCCGACGAGUCGCCGGGCAAGCGGCGGCGCCGCUCGCCGACGCCGGGCGCGCGCUCGCCCGCCUACUCCGACAUCUCCGACGACACGCCCGCGCCGGAGGGCGCGCCGGACGCCGACGCCGAGCACAGACCAUUCCCGGUCUUUCAUCAGUACUACGGCCAGCCGCCAUACUUGCCGCCGACGCACGCGCCGCCGGCGCCGCCCGCCGACAAGGGCAAGGAGGACCUCGGCAAGGACCCCAAGUCCGACCUCAAGGACGGCAAACCCGAGAACGCUCCCCAGAAAGUCCUUCCACAGCACUUCUACCCGUACAACUACGUGCCGAAUUUUCCUUACAACGUUGAACCGGGCGCUCCGCCGGGUGCUCCCCUGGACGACAAGGGGAAGGAGUCCGAGCGCAAGACCGCCAGCCCCCUAGACAAGGGGAAGGGCAAGGAGGCGCCGCGGCCGAAUGACACGCAUCAGAUAUUGAAGGAGAGCAUUGAGAUGAAGGCGCAGAUGGGGCCGUAUGCUUUCCAAAGGCCGCCGCAUGCGAGAGAGGAGGAUCUCAGAAGGUACUACAUGAGCCUGGAGGCGCGGCGCAAGGAGCCGGGCGCGGACGGGAAGCCCCCCGGGGCGGCGGCGGGCGCGGGCGGGCGGCCGCCGCCCAGCGCCAAGCCGCCCAAAGACAAGGACGACAAGAAGGACGACGUCAAGGUCAAGCAGGAGGGGCAGAAGCCCACCACUGAGACGCAGGGCCCACCGCCGCCUCCGACGUCGCAGUACUACUUGCCGUACAUGCAGGGCCCGCACUACGGGGCGCUGCCCUUUGACCCGGUGUACCGCGCGCCGCUGAGCCCGAUGCUGGUGUCCGGGUUCGGCGGCGGCUGGACGGUGCCGCGCUACCACGCGCCCGAGGACCUGUCGCGGCCCGGCGCGCCCGGCAAGCUGGACCUGCUGCCGCCGCACGCGCCGCAGUACGCCUACCCGCACGCGCAGCACAAGAUCCACGAGCUGCAGGAGCACGCGAAGCCCCCGGCGGCGGCCAAGCCGCGGCCGUCGCCGCCGAAGGAGCCGGCGCGCUCGCCGCCGCCGCAGCGCCACGUGCACACGCACCACCACACGCACGUCGGCCUCGGCUACCCGCUCUACCCGCCGCCCUAUCCUGCCGCGGCCGUGCUGGCCAGCACGCAGGCCGUGGUGAACUCGUUCCCCACGCCGCCCAAAUGAGAGCGCGCGCCCUAGCGUGGCGUCCGGCCCGCCUGACCCGCGCCCGGCCCGGCCUGACCGCCGGACCCGGACCCGGACCUGGCCCCGGACCUGCGCCCGGUCCGUCCCGGUCCGGCCUCCCAAACGUGACUAGUGAAGUGACCCGCGAACCUUGAACGCUAUCGAAUUCGUAUAAAUUUAACCGCGCCCGUAGCCGUUUUCGUGAACUCUCGAAUUCGAAUCUAAUCUCUAUGCCUGUAGCCAUAAUUUGAACACUGUGAUCUCGCGUAACCCACAAGAUGUGUAUGUGAUGUGCGCUUUGAAUGUUAGAAUGUGUCCGAACCGAUAGUUACCUGAAUUCUUUUAUAGUUGGAGCGAGUGUUAUCGAAGACUCUCGGUGAACGUGUCCCGGCGAAGGAUGACUGACGCUGCCCGCCACUUAAUGUCUAUACUAUACUUUGUUUUAUAUGUUCACUAGUGCGAGCACAAACUAGUUUUGUAAAUAUUAGUGUUAUGUGUAAAUUACCCUACGAUCGUUAGUGUUUCAAAAGGGAUAAUAAUGUGUAAUAUAAACAUCGAAUUCUCCGAUUCUCCCACUGGGCAUUGUACUGAUGUUGAAGCCCCUUCUAAAUUGAUAUCAAUGCGAAUACAGCAUAGUAAGAUCUACAACUGCAUUCCACGAUAACGAAAGCAAACGUACCUAGUUGUAAUGUUAGUUUACUAAUAUUUAAGUAAUAUAGCGUAAGUUCAAAGGCGUCAAUGUGAUCAUUACAAUAUGAGUCGUAGCGUGCACAAAUCGUACUGUUUCGAUACUUAAUAGUGAGUAUGUAAGCAUCCUAUAGGUCGUCGAGUGUUCGAGCAUCGCUGUGCGUGUAUGUCUGGCUUAUAAUAUAGGAACCGUAACAAUCUCAUAGUCCGUGGCCGAUACAAGGGAGUAGUUGGUAUCUGAACAUGUCGUGUCGAUAAAAGCAUUUAAACGGCAUAAACCUUAUGUAUAAUUUGAAAUAGUCUUCCAGUCGGUUGAUUUGAAGUAUUGUUAACUGAUUAGUCCUACUUUCGCAUUUCUACGUUUCCUAAUGACUAAUACUGGAUAUGAGGCAGCCAAAUUAUGGACGCUUUAACUCUACACGUGCUAGCUUAAACCAAGUGGACUUGUAGAGCGGUUCGAGUCACGCGAAUCGAUUGCAUUUCAAAUAUAAGUAGUGGACGAUUAUAACACAUUAGAGAUUGAAGUAAAUAUAGUGAUUUGGUAUAAUUUCAUGACAUUUUAGUCAAUGUACGCGUGUACCUGUCUCAUAAUUAACAAAAACCUAUAUUUGUAUAAAUGCUGGGCCUAAAACCCUAUUUUUUAUUGUGGUAAGAUGAGCCAAGUCUGCUAGAGGUUAAUUUUGUAAACCAGUGUUGUAAUGCCUACUUAACCCUAAAGGGGACUGUUAAUGCAAUCAACGGAAGGCAUCCAUUUGAUUUGUUUUCAUAUGCAGGUCAGGAGGGCACACAUCUGCGUUAAAUUAACUAAAUAUGUAUUCCAAUUGGUAACAUGUGUGCGCUCAUAUCGAUAUGAAGUCAACGAUGCACAUUGCACAACUCUACAAGUACCUAAUCUAAUUCCAUGUCGAAGCAACAGCUUGAACAUUGAUAGAAUGUGUCGUUUUCUAAAUAAACGUGUGCAUUCUGUAUCUUGGUUGGCUGUACAUAAUAUCAGAUCGGAUGAUAUUUGAGUUUAAAAAAGCUGUAAUAAUAAAUAUCUUGUUAAAUACAUAUAAUGAAUAUAAUAAUCAGAUUUUGUUUAUGUAAACUAUGUUGAAAUUUAUUAUUUCAUGUAUUGUUCUUACUUGCGCUGUCCAGUACCUAAUUCCAGAAAGAAAUCAAAACAAACCAUGCUCAACCCUUUGUACGAUAUGGUAAAUAAAGUCACCAGAUCAAACCAAUAGGGGUCGACACAUAUGCGAUGACAAAACACAGGUUUCUUUACUUACAUCUACCAAUUAUAAGCAGGUCUUCCUUCAUUUAUAAUAAGCCACUACAUUUCUAAAGUGAGAUUCGAAUGUCCUCAAUGACAAUUUUAAACUAUAUUAGUUUAAUAGUUAACUUUAGAAUUCGGCAGAUGUUAAAAUAAAACCUCAUACAAAAUGGAACUGAGACACUGUUAAGAUUUUCUUGUUAGUCUGUGUCCCCUUAGAUGGUGAUUGCACAGAUCGGAUCCUUUAGUUGAUUGCACUCUUUGGUAGUAGUUAAUACUAUAAGUAUCAAUAGUAUUGAGUAGAAUAACGGAGACAUGGCAGUCAUGAUCUCACGCAAGCUGCCGAUGACGCGGCAGACUGACUGAUUACUCGUGCCCACUCUGUGACGACCAAAUUGAAAAAGCUUGAUCGUUCGGCUGUUGUUUUAUUUGAUUUAAGAAUCCGGUAGCUACAAUACUCUUUAUUGAUUCAUGAACACAGUAUUUAUUACAAUUUGAACGGUCAAGCUUAACUAGGUCUAAACAUUCAAUAAUUAGAAAAAUCCUGCCCAAUAUUGUACUUGUUUCUAUCUAAACGAUUUAAAAUUUGUUACCUCUCACUUUAACGCCUUGAAAAUAGAGGCGUGUUCAGAUAUUUCUGAGCACCCUGGCCGCUCCGAUAUAUCUGAUGGCGACUGUGCGUGUCCAAGACAUGGCAAAUAACUGUAAACACAUAUGCAAAGAAAUAGCGCUUUUGACUUUCCGAAAAUAUGUUUAAAGAAUUAAUCUAAUGCGUUUUUCUUUGCAAAUGGUGUCAAUGUUUCUUAUUGUAACGUUGUGACGUCAUUAACAAAGGUUCCCCUAAUAAUUUUAGAGCUUUUCCAUAGUAGGUUGUGUAGAUUUUGGUACGGUUGCGUUGAACUGUUGAUUAUUGUUGCGUAGAAUUUAGGCAAAUGUUUGUUUCAGUUUUGUCGGCAUUUUCGUUACGAAUCUAAUAGUUCUACCGCAACUCGAGCGCCAUCGCUCAAGGCAACUUUUUGCAAAAAUACAGAUGGAUUAUAGUCGUGAAUACCCAUUGGUAGUCGCGCUUCCAUUGUGUAGUGUGUUCUGUGGUAUUUCUGCAAAAAGCUGCAAUCUUGCAGCUCUAAUAAUCAAAUUGAUCCUUUAGUACUGAUGACGUCACAAGUACGAUAGUCGUCGCGUGUGGGCGCGAGCGCAUAGCAAACAUUACGCUUCGAUAAUUUAAUAUUAACGGUACGAAUCGCGACUUGGUAAGGAACAUGAUCAUUGUAUUUAUAAUGUAUCGAUAUACAUAUAAUAUGGACAUUUGUGUAUUUUUUUGAUGUACUAAAGCCAAGUUUGAUUUUUCUUAGAAAAGAAUUCGAAACUUUAAAAAAGGAAUAAUAAAGAUAAAUUAUUUCUUAGAAAA